CAUGGCGUCUGGAGUUACGAGCCAAAUCAAGGAAGAAUUCCUGGUGUGUCAAAUCUGCUUCGAAGACUACCUCAACCCAAAAGUCCUGCCAUGUCAGCACACGUUCUGCAAGACAUGCCUGGAAAACAUGGUAGCGAAAAUGGGGAAGCUGACCUGCCCCAACUGUCGCCUGGCGUGUCAACUUCCGCGGAGUGGCGUGGAGGGACUGCCGACUAGCUUUUUCGUCAACAAGCUGCGCGGUAUUAUUGGGAAUGCUGGUACCCAUUGCAGACGUGAGGACGAACCGGUAACUACAUCGUCCUACAGCCUCGACUUUCGCGGGGAGAGCGUGCCUGUGGCGUGCAGCAGGGAGUGGCACAGCCUACCGACGGCAAACCACGCUCACGACGUGGUCUCCUCGGGCGACACGGCUGGGACAGCCGCACAGCAGACAGGCGCUACCCCGGCAGGCGGACAAUCCGCACAGAACACCCGCUCAAGGCAGGCACACGUACAGCAGACAGGGCCUACUCCGACAGGCGGACACUCCGCACAGAACACCCGCUCAAGGCAGGCACACGUACCAGUACUCCUGUCUUCCGGACGUUAUGACGCAAUCGACGACUUCUUUGUCCGUCUCUGUUCCACACGAUACAUUCACCCGGAUAGAGUACUGCCGAUACUGUCUUGGCUGAAGGAACAAGACAUCACGACCGCCCAGGAUCUACAUGACAACUGGGAGGACGUCCAGAACAUGGUGGACAUGACCAACGCCAUGAAACAACACAUCACUGAGGCUUUAGCAGAGGUUUCUCCUGCAAGACGUUGACUUGCGAUCUCACGCCUCUGUUUACAAAAGUGUGGCAGGGAGAGGAUACUUUUAUGUUUUAUGUUUACUCUUGUUUUACUGUAUAUAACAAGGUCUUGUAAU